CCCGCCCCGGUUCUUAUAGCGGAGUCCGCGGCUGGCGGCUCGUGGGAGCCAUGGCGGCCGCGCUGCUGCUCGUCUUAUCUGCGCUGCUGUGCGCGCGGGCCUGGGGUGCCGGGUCCGUGUGGACCUCCAAGCAGGAGGUGGACUCCCGCGUCCACCUCACCUGCCGGCUGAACGACAGCAACGUGGAGAUCACAGGCCACCGCUGGAUGCGAGGCAACAAGGUGCUGCUGGAGGACAGCCAGCCGGGGCUGAAGAUGGAUUACUACAUGAGCCCCGAUGAUCACUCUGGCACCUAUUCCUGCAUCUUUCUCCCGGAGACCGCGGGCCGGGGUGAAAUCAAGGUGUCGGGAAACCCCAAGGUGAAGGCCACGAAGAAGAUGGAGAACGGGGAUGAGGGGGAGAGCGUGGUGCUGAGCUGCACGGCCGAGUCCGACCCCCCUGUGGUGGCCUGGAGGUGGUUCCGCGUGAAUGAGUCUGGGGAGCAGCAACUUAUCGACAACCACACGCACGCCGACAAGUACUUCGUGGUGUCCGGGGAGUCGUAUUCCAAGCUGCACGUGCAGAACCUGCACGUGGAGGAGGACCCGGGCAAGUACUCCUGCGAAGCCCAGAACGACCUCGGCCGGGACUCGGAGGUGAUCGUGCUACGCGUGCGCAAGCACCUGGCCGCCCUCUGGCCCUUCCUGGGCAUCGUGGCCGAGGUGCUCGUGCUGGUCACCAUCAUCUUCAUCUACGAGAAGCGCCAGAAGAAGGGCGAGAACCUGGACGAUGAAGACACGGGCUCCCAGCCACUGAAAAGCACGCCGCACAUGAACGACCAGGGCAAAGAGCUUGGCGUUCGCCAGAGGAAUGCCACCUGAGCCAGGCCAGUGGAAAAGCCUCAGGGGCUGGGGGACCUGCGUGCCCAGCUCCACAUCCAAGAAGCCCUCCCACCAGAUGAAUGACACCUGGGGGUUCCGCCCCCCCCCCCCCCCCCGCCCCGUCCCCCUCCACCCACGACUAAACUAGGGUUUUCUAUGAGGAAUUCCACCCCUUCGGGUACUGUCUGCCACAUUUCACGAGCCCCCACUCCACCGAGACCUCGGGAGCACCUCAGCUGCCCCUUGUCCGCCCCACCCCCUCCCCCUGCCCUUUCGGUCCUGUGCCCACGGAGGUGUGGCGGGCGCCCCAUCACUGCCUGAGUGGACAUGCGUGUGUCCUGUUGUGAGUGCUCGGGUGGCCGCGGCCGAGAGGGUCACCCUGGCUGCCGGGUGGUGGGACAGCUGGCCCCGAGCAGCCCCCCCACUCCCCACCCCCCUGUGGCUGCAGGUCUGGGGAGCUGCCUAGAGCUCCUCUCCAGCCUCUUCCUUCACAACCAAUAAACUCGGACGUCUUGUCCUCUACUCCUCUCUG